GAGCCGAGCAGGAAGAGCAACGGCGAGGCGGUGGCGGUGGCUGAGUUGGUGGCGGUGGCAGCGGCGACAGCGGCAGCUCCAGGGGGUGGCAGCGGCCCCGAGAGCAGGAUGCGGGUGUGGCUCGGACUGACGCUGCUGCUCUGUGCUGUGUUGCUGGGUUCGGCCUCGGCGUCCUCGGAUGAAGAAGGUGGCCAGGAUGAAUCCUUAGAUUCCAAGACUUCUUUGCCAUCAGAUGAGUCCGUAAAAGACCACAGCGCAGCAGGCAGAGUAGUGGCUGGGCAGCUGUUUCUUGACUCAGAAGAAUCCGAUUUGGAGUCGUCUCUUCCGGAAGAGGACACCCUCCGGAUCCCAGACGAGGAAGCUGUCUCCGAAGAACUCAGCUUUCUGGACUCUGCAAAUCCAGACAACAAGGACUAUGAAGAAGUAACGGAAGUACAGAAGCCAGUUCUGACUGCCAUUGAAGGCACAGCACAUGGGGAACCCUGCCACUUCCCUUUUCUUUUCCUGAAUAAGGAAUAUGACGAGUGUACCUCAGACGGCCGGGACGACGGAAGGCUGUGGUGUGCUACCACCUACGACUACAAGGCAGAUAAAAAGUGGGGCUUUUGUGAAACUGAAGAAGAGGCUGCUAAAAGAAGACAAAUGCAGGAAGCAGAGAUGAUGUUCCAAACUGGGAUGAAAAUCCUCAAUGGAAGCAAUAAGAAAAGCCACAAAAGAGAAGCUUACCGGUAUCUUCAGAAAGCGGCAGGCUUGAACCAUACCAAGGCCCAGGAGAGAGUGUCCUAUGCACUUCUGUUUGGUGAUCACUUGACCCAGAAUGUCCAGGCAGCUAAAGAGAUGUUUGAGAAACUGACCGAGGAAGGCUCUCCCAAGGGACAGACUGCUCUUGGCUUUCUUUAUGCCUCCGGACUUGGUGUUAAUUCAAGUCAGGCAAAGGCCCUCGUAUAUUAUACUUUUGGAGCUCUUGGAGGCAAUCUAAUAGCCCAUAUGAUUUUGGGUUACCGAUACUGGGCCGGCAUCGGAGUCCUUCAGAGCUGUGAAUCUGCACUCACCCAUUAUCGUCUUGUUGCCAAUCACGUUGCUAGUGACAUCUCUCUGACUGGAGGCUCGGUAGUCCAGAGAAUACGACUGCCUGAUGAGGUAGAAAAUCCAGGAAUGAACAGUGGAAUGCUGGAAGAAGAUUUGAUCCAGUAUUACCAGUUCCUAGCUGAAAAAGGUGAUGUACAAGCGCAGGUGGGCCUGGGCCAGCUGCACCUGCACGGAGGCCGAGGAGUGGAGCAGAACCACCAGAGAGCGUUUGAUUACUUCAAUUUAGCAGCGAAUGCUGGCAAUUCGCACGCGAUGGCCUUCUUGGGAAAGAUGUACUCAGAGGGAAGCGACAUUGUCCCACAGAGCAAUGAGACAGCCCUUCUCUACUUUAAGAAAGCUGCGGACAUGGGCAACCCCGUUGGACAGAGUGGGCUUGGAAUGGCUUACCUCUACGGAAGAGGGGUUCAAGUGAACUACGACCUGGCGCUGAAGUAUUUCCAGAAGGCGGCUGAGCAAGGCUGGGUGGACGGGCAGCUCCAGCUGGGCUCCAUGUACUACAAUGGCAUUGGAGUCAAGAGAGAUUACAAACAGGCCCUGAAGUAUUUUAACUUAGCUUCUCAGGGAGGCCACAUCUUGGCUUUCUACAACCUGGCGCAGAUGCACGCCAGCGGCACCGGAGUCAUGCGGUCGUGCCACACGGCGGUGGAGCUGUUUAAGAAUGUGUGUGAGCGAGGCCGCUGGUCUGAAAGGCUCAUGAGUGCCUACAACAGCUACAAAGACGGGGACUACAACGGCGCGGUGAUCCAAUACCUCCUGCUGGCAGAACAGGGCUACGAAGUGGCACAGAGCAACGCAGCCUUCAUCCUCGAUCAGAGGGAAGCGACCAUUGUGGGCGAGAAUGAAACUUACCCCCGAGCUCUGCUGCACUGGAACAGGGCCGCCUCGCAAGGCUACACUGUGGCGAGGAUUAAGCUGGGAGACUACCAUUUCUAUGGAUUUGGCACCGAUGUAGAUUACGAGACCGCGUUCAUUCAUUACCGUCUGGCGUCUGAGCAGCAGCACAGCGCACAGGCCAUGUUUAACCUGGGCUACAUGCACGAGAAGGGGCUCGGCAUCAAGCAGGAUAUUCAUCUUGCCAAACGUUUUUAUGACAUGGCAGCUGAAGCCAGCCCAGACGCACAAGUACCAGUCUUCCUAGCACUCUGCAAAUUAGGCGUUGUGUAUUUCGUGCAGUACAUACGGGAAACAAAUAUCCGAGACGUGUUUACCCAGCUAGACAUGGACCAGCUCCUGGGGCCCGAGUGGGACCUUUACCUCAUGACCAUCAUCGCGUUGCUCCUGGGAACUGUGAUAGCGUAUCGGCAGCGGCAACACCAGGACAUGCCCCUGCCCAGGCCCCCGGGGCCACGGCCAGUGCCACCCCAGCAGGAGGGGCCGCCCGAGCAGCGGCCACCGCAGUAAGAGCCGCCAGGUCCAGCCUUGAUCACUGACCACCACGGGACUUGCUUGCUGGGAACACUGCGUCGGUCGGGGACUCGGGAUCAGCGGCCACCUCCUGGAAGAGGCACGAGGAAUCGCCGGAUUCCUGAAGCUGCUUAGAAUCUGAUGCCUUUAUUUUCAGGGAUAAGUAACUCUUACCUAAACUGGGUUGAAUGUUUGUUUCAAUGCUGUAUGAAUAACAACUCUCAGUGGCUUUGCCUUUCCCUUCCUUUCUUCUGGAAACAGGAGACAAAGUAAUGUCUCUGUAUCCGGUUCUCUGUCUCUCUGUCUCUCUGUUUGUCUCUGUCUGUCUGUCUGUCUGUCUGUCUCUCUCUCUCUCUCUCUCUCUCUCUCUCUCUCUCUCUCUCUCUCUCUCUCUCUCUCCUCUCUCCUUUCUCCUCUCUCCUCUCUCCUCUCCCUCUCUUCCUCUCUCCUCCCCCCACCCCACUCUCUCUCAGGCUCUCUGUUCAUUCUCUUGACAUGAAUACAUUCUUCUGUCAACCAUCUUUAAGGUGUUGUUCAUUGACACUAAAAACUGAUCAAUGUAAAAAAAAAAGGAAAACCCAGUUGGUUGCAAGUUUCAACAUGUUUGAAAGUCUGAAAACUAGAACUUGCCUUUGAAGUGGGGGGAGGGGGAAAGUGUUCCAGAACUGCAAUAACUGAGAAACUUUACCAACCCACACCCAAGUAUACCUGUUCAGCAUAUUUGUUAUUUUAAAAGGGAAGGUUGGGAGGUUCCGUCUUACUGGCGGUUGCCACAGUUGAUAACACGCUUCUCUCCUUCAGAGACCGGAAGGUUUUCAGGGGUUCGGUGUGAACUUCACUUCUUUGGAAUGGAACAUCUAUAGCUACGGUGUGAAUAUAUAAAUUCACUCCCUGAGCUAACAUGUGAAUCUGCCCCACCUACUCACUGUUAUUUGCCUGUUGGUGUGUAUGCAGCCCUGAGCCAGAAUCCAGAGGACGGGCUGAGUAGGAGACACUAGAAAGCAAUAUUAAGGGCUUGGGGCGGGGUACGGAGACCACAGACGUACUCUCCCAAAAGUUGAAGCGUUUAUUCCCAGGGUAUUUUUAUUUUUAUUUUGCAUUUCUUAUUGCAAAAGAACAGAUAACCCUUCUGAAUUGGUUCACUCUGAAGUAUCCUUGCCAGAAUACGGCACAUAGAGGCUCUACCAUUGCAAUACUGUGUCUCAACAACUGAAAUACACAUUCAACUCGGGGGCUGAGGAAAGCCAAGGCCGUUGAAACUGUCCCUUGCCGUUUGAUAGAUGUUUAUUUUUCCUGCAGUUUUGUAUUGAUAAGAAAGAGUCAGCUGCUUGCUUAGCACUCGGAGUCACCAUCCCCCAUCGGGUACCAUCGGGAAGAUCGGGGCUAUCCUCCUCGCAGAAUUUCCUGAUUAAAUAGAUGGGAAGCAAGAGCCACAACAAAGAAAAGUGGAGAAUUCUGCAUAUCUUUCAAGUGAAAGAAAUGAAAGCUGCAGUGGAACACCUGUUUCUCUUUAUUGCAGUGGUGUUCCACAGCCUGUGUCUCGUCUGAGAGCACGGCAGUCUCUGAGCCUGAGCGGGCUCCCCUGCCCACUCUCUGCCCAGUCUGUUUCUAUUGCCCGUGACACCCUUUCCCCACAAUCCCUCAUCUGCCCGGAAACACCUGAAGAGUUUACUCUCUGUAGAGUGACAGGAUCUUGGUUUCUCAAACCGAGAUUGUAUUUAGACCUAUAUUUAAUUUGUUCAUAAUGACCAGGAAGGCUUUAAAUGUGAAGUUGUAUGUUUUUUUUUUUCUUUAAUUUUAAAGUAUUAUGAGAAAUCCAGGUAAGCCUGACUUUCCUCCCAGAUAAUUGCUUCCAGUUUGAAGAGCUGGUCACAGAAAGGACCAUAUAAGUCAAAGCACAUCUAUAACCUAGAAGAUUUUACCCUCAAAAGUUGAAUGUCACCGUAGGCAGCUCUUGUGCGUGUUAUGCCGUGCUUGAUCUCCUGGAGAUCUGAGGACAGGUGGGAGAGUGUGUUGCUACCUUCACCACUGCCUCUUCUCCCCAACAUUCAAAAUAAGUACCACACUUCAUUUAACAAGAACCAUUUUCAUUUACUUUAGCAGUUUUGUGUGUGUGUGUGUGUGUGUGUGUGUGUGAGUGUGUGUUUUUAAAUGACUAGCCUUCCUUUGCCCCCCUCUCCCAUCCACCUAAUUUCCACUUCAGUGACCUUUUUUUUUUAAAUCUCUACUUCCCUCCACUAGAACCUUGAAAAGCAUUUCUUAGAACAUCGUGCACUACCCAAAGCUCCGUGGGAAGGCACAGCUUUGUUCUUCAUGCAAUAACAAACUUCUGCAAGUGAGCACUUGCCAUGUCCUUUCUAGGGCUGAGUUUUCCAGAAAUCUUUGCUUUGACUUUUUUUUUUCCCACCUCCUGUUUUAUCCUGGGUCAUUUGCUCUUAGGCCCUUGCACCAUACAUAGUUUCUUUGACUUUGCAUAAAGACUCUCUCCAAAUAUUUGUUUCCCAUCUUUCUUUUUGUUCAUGGGCCAUGAGACCUACGCAAAUAGGAACUGGGUUCGGUGUUUCUCCUAAAAUAAUGCUCAAUACUUAACCUAAUCAAAUGGCAUCCAUUUGAAUAAAAUGACAGUAACUAAAGCUAGUUAAUGUCAGUGACAUUAAACUAACUCCAGGACUCAGGAGUUUUAAUGUUAGAAUUUAGAAUUAGCAGAUAGAGUGUGGCUUCAUUUCUCCAUGGUCACCCAAAUCUCUUGAUCCCUUUUAAACUCUCUACCUUGAUGGUGAUGACAGUAGAAAUCUCAACCUAGCUUGUGUUCAAGUGUGUAUCUGCCGUGUUGGGUCAUCGACUGAGUCUUGAGAUUGUCUGUUUUGCUUCUAUAUCACAAAGGUAUUGUUGUUGCUUGGAUUUUUCUCUUUCUCCUUCCUUUCUUUUCUUUUUUUUUUUGAAUGUGAAGACGUUAUCUUCCAAAUAAGAUUUCCCUAAUUUUUAAUUAAUAUACAAUGAUAGAGAAAAUUUUAUUUUCAAAAUUCAUUGUUUUGCACUUAAUUGAGUUUACCGAGGACUGGAGAGAUCGUACGGCAGGGAGGUUGCUUGCUUUGCAGGCAGCCAAUCUGGGUUCGAUCCCUGGCAUCCCAUUUGGUCCCCUGAGCAUUGCUGGGUGUGGCCAAAUAAAUAAAUAAUAAAUAAAUAAAUAAAUGAGUUAAUCCUGUGAAUCAGUAGUUUUAAUACUCGUGAAGAUUUAUUGCCCUUCAUAUCAAAUUAAUUUGUGAGGAUGUUACUGCCAACCUAUUUUAUUCUGUGCCAUUAGAAAGUUUAGAAACUUUUACAUGUGAUCUGGCAAUAAUCUGGUGGUUUAUUCAAUUAAGAAGCUGCUCUUGCUCCAGGAAACUUAAAUACUUUAUACCUAUAUAUAUCUUUUUUUUCCCCUUAUGUUCCCCUUCUCCCUUCUUUCUUUGUUCUCAUGUUUGUUCUUGAAACCAGUGUUUUGAAGUAUGCAUGCAAGCCUAUAAAUGAAGACCACAACUAUUCAUGUGUUGUAGCAUGUGUAUUACUGUCUAGCUACAUCUGCCCAAAAAAACCAAAAACAAACAAAAAAAAAACCCACAGAAACCUUCCUUUACAGAGGUUUGGACUAACAUUUCACAUGCUCAUUUCAAAACAAAGUGCUUCAGAUACAUCACCCUUUACCUGCCAAGGGAGGCGCGGUGUGGUCUACAUUUGCCCUAUAUGACAGUUGGUAUUUGUUUUGAGGGUGAAUGUACAUUAUCUAAUAUUAUGACUGGAAGGGUGCAAGAAAUAAAGCAGAAGAUUUUCAUAAAAAUAUUUUUUAGCAGUCAUUGUUCUCCAAUAUAAGCGAAAACAUAAAAUUUCUGAAUGCCAUGUUGUCUGAGGCCCUACCUGAUUUUUAAAUGUGUAAGUAGUCAUUGGAAACAUCUAAAUUUCUCCUUCCACUUGUUAUUUCAGGAAAAUUUGAAACAGUUCUAAGCGAACCACCUUGUAUUCAAAAGUGACUAUUUGCACAAGUAAAAAUCCCAUUUUUGUAUGCCUGAGAAGGAUGUCUUGGUUACGUGCAAGGAGUCUUAGAUGAACUGCUUUUCCUAUUUGAAACGAUAAGUGAGCUGACACUAUUCUUUUUAAUUAAGAAAAAAGAAAACUCAUAAUGUUGCUACGAGCAAGGUAUAACCACUAUCUAUAUUUAGGAGAAGUUUUAAAAGACCAUAAGUAGGCAUUGGAAGGAACACCAUGGUAGACAUUUUUGUAAAUUUAUUUUGUAUUUAAUUAAAUGCAGUAUAAAGGCUGGUGAAGUGUAAUAUAAUUGUGUAAACAAAUCCUGUUAAUAGAGAGAUGUACAGAUUCGUUUUGUACUGUAUCUUGAAACUUGUGAAAUAAAGAUUCCACCUCUGA